AUGGAGGGUGCGAGGCACUACGCGAUCGCCCUGGGCGCCGGGGCUUUCAAGCCGCGGACGGUCGGCGACUUGGUGAGAGCGAUCGCGGACGCCGCGCCUCGCGCCGCCCGCGCGUCGACCGCGGGCGGCGGUCGCGACUCGUCCGCCGGGACGUCGACGCGGCGCGACGUCCCGGUCGCCAUCGCGUGCACCGCGAGGGACGGGGUGGACGAGGUGGCGGUCGCGUGCGCCGAGUUUGGGGUGAUUCGGACGCUCCACGCGGACCAGGACGCGGACGAGCGCCGGGGCGUGCUGGCGGCGUGCGCUCGUUCCGCGAGGCGGGGCGCGUUCGACGACGACGACGACGACGACGAAGGGCCGGUCCACGACGACGACGCGAGAUGCGUUUGCGUCGUCACCACCGACGCGUGCCUCCCCUCCGCGGCGAACGGCGAGGCGUCGCUCGGGUUCCCGUUGCUCGUCAACUACGACGUGCCGAGGACGAAGGAGGCGUACGCGCGCAGGGCCAGGGUGGCGCUGGGCGGGGGAGGCCGGGGCGGGGGCGGGGGCGUGGUCGUCACGCUGAUUGUCGCGGACGACGAGACCUCGUCGCUGUGGGAGGUGUGCGGGGACCGCGAGGUGGAGACGAUGCCGGUGGACGUGCUGGAGGAGGUGGCGCGGGGUUGGUUCCGACGCGCGAACGGCCCCGACGCGUGA